UGUCAACACAAAAGUGUCAGAAGUCAGUCACUGUAACUCCUAAUCCAUUAUUAGCAGUUUUCAUUACAACAAUGAGGACCGUGCAAGUCCUUCUGAAUCCAAAGUAAAUGGAAAUUCAGUCUCAUGAAGAACAACGAAAAGAAAUCCAAAUAAAAAGUUUCACAGUGUGGCCUGACCACCAUGACAUCAACAGGCAACCAGUACUUCAUUGUCACCGAAGCGCCUAAAUCCACUGGACACUGCAACCCUGGCCGCAUAUGUUACGUUCCUGACUAUCAAGAUGGACUCAAACAUCCAGCUUUCGACUUAUCUGCAGAGCUGCAAGUCUUCUUACUAGGUUCCCUCACACCGUUAUGCUACGAGAUCAACAGGAGAUGUCUGGAGGAGCUGAGUGCAGACGAAGCCGGCCUGCUUCUGGCCCUCACCGACAACUCGGAGAGGCUGAAGUGGUUCAAAGAGAAGAAAGCGCUCUUCGGAGCGCUGACGCUGUCUGAGGGUGCCCAGGUGGUUGUGGAACAGGGAAACGAGAAGUUGAAUGGCAUUGUGCGCUAUAUUGGGAACCUGACACGACCAACGCAUACGGCGGAGCCUCUACGGGGAAUAUUCUUCGGAAUUGAGCUGCAGGGAGAUGACAAGGGCAAGGGGACCACAGAUGGCUCCUUCCAACACGAGACCCUCUUCACUUGUGAAAAAAACUGUGGCCUGUUUGCCCCUUUUCCUAGCAUCCAUCCAUCGCUUCCAUCCGAAUCCUUUACAGCAUCCGCCCCGGAUCCUUCUUCACCCGCUGAAACAGAGCGGCCGGUCCCAGGCGACAGAGUCACAUACUUCAUCGAGGACUACUGUCUCCAUGGAAUGGUGGUGAAUGUCAACGAAAAGGACGGCAAAUGUUUUGUGUUGAUAUCUACGGACAGUGAUGCGACUGGGAAGACGGGCGAAGUUGAAGUCCCACUUCAGUUUGUUGUUAAAGAGUCCGAGCUAAUAGACCAUGAGCCCCCUGCAGUGGAAAAGAAAUGUGACUCGGGUCUCGGCGUGAAUUCGCUGGUGGAGGUGUCUUUGGGUACCGGCAACGCAUACGGAAUCAUCCGUUGGAUCGGCACCCUUCCUGGUCGGCAGGAAUUAAUGGCUGGACUCGAGCUGGAGGAGGACGUAGGAAUCAGCGACGGCACUUUCAAAAAUGUGUCUUUCUUCCGGUGUCCUCCUGGGAGAGCGCUGUUUGUGAAGUUGAGCUCUUGCUGUCCCGACGCACGGUUCCUUAGCGACCGUGCCAAAAAUACCGAUGUCACAGACAGAGAAGGGCAGCAGAGUGUUGCAAAAAUGCCGCCUGUUCCUCCCAUCAGCACAGAUAAAGUCCACCAAGUUCUGAUCGGGCGAAUGAAGGGCAUCCAAGGACACCACAACUCCUGCUACAUGGAUGCUGCCCUCUUCAGUUUGUUCUCCUGCUCGUCCGUGUUGGAUUCCAUGUUGUUUAAAUCAACGCAACCAGAAGAUGCCGCUAUUCAGACAACGCUACUCCACGACAUUGUCAGCCCCCUCCGAAGCGACGGCUUUGUGGAAGGUGGCCACGUCAUGAAGCUCAGGCAGCAGCUACAGAAACAUGGCUACAGUCACUCCUUCACCACGGAGGAGAAGGACCCAGAGGAGUUUCUCACCGUCAUCAUGCACCACAUUCUGGCACUGGAGCCUCUUUUGAAAUUGUCAGCUGGCGGCAAAGUGCAAGAGAGUUACUGCUAUCAGAUCUUCCUGGAGCAGAACCACAGCCUGGUGCUGCCCACCGUGCAGCAGUUACUGGAACAUUCCUUCCAUGGUGCUGGACUCAAACUGGCCGAGGUGCCGCCCUGCCUCAUCCUUCAGAUGCCUCGAUUUGGGAAAAAAUUCAAGAUGUUUGACAAAAUUAUUCCCUCCCUGGAGUUGGACAUCACAAACCUCCUGUCUGAAGGUCCACAGCAGUGCAUCCUAUGCGGGAACCUGGCGCGGGAAGAGUGCCUGGAUUGUUUCGAAGAGCCGGUUUUCGGACAGACAGGAUGGAAAAUCUUCUGCAGGACAUGUUCUGCUCAGGUUCAUUCUCAUCCUCAGCGCCGCAGCCAUCACCCAGCGGCUCUAGACCUUCCUAAGGGCUACGGGGGCCAGGUUGGACCUAGCAGGCUGACCAGAGAGGUAAUGGAGCUGUUUGCCGUGCUGUGCAUAGAGACCAGCCACUACGUCUCCUUCCUCAAAUACGGACCAACCGCUAAAGACUGGCUGUUCUUUGACAGCAUGGCCGACAGAAGCGGGGGGACAGAUGGCUUCAACAUCCCAGAGGUGCGAGCUUGCCCCGAGGUCGGCAUGUACCUGGAUAUGUCCCCGGCGGAGCUGGCCAAUCAGGUGCCUCGAGACAUGAGGGGUGUGGCUAAACGUCUCUUUUGUGAUGCUUACAUGUACUUGUACCAGAGUACCAGUAUGGGUCUCUAUCGCUAAGGAGUUGUGUUUUUCAUUCUGUUAAAUCUUGUUUUAUUCAAAUAUUAUCUCAGAUAAUAAAUACUCUUAUUUGGAAAAAAAA